UAAGUACAGACAAUAUUUAUCUGUUACCAGAAAAUAUUUUAAUCCAUACAACAAAAAGAAAAAAAUGGCAAUAUGUUUAAAGAUGGCGUUAUAUUUUAUUCUUAUUGGAGAACUUUUUAUAAACACUAUGUCUUUCAAUCCAAUGUUAACAUACACUAUACGUUUUAAAAAAUUCUAUGUAACACAUAACUUCACUAUGCAUCAUUAUUCAUUCGAUCAAUAUAGAGAUGCACAAUAUAUAAAUGGACAAUUUACAAUAAAUACGAAAGAACUUAUAAACAAAGUUAACGUAGUUUUCAAUCGGUGUGACUCAGAAGGAAUUAAUUGCGAAUACUUCCAAAGUUGGACGGUAACUGGUCUUUGUAAUAAAUUAAAAGAAAAAAAUCAAAUAUGGACCCGAUGGUACGAUUCGUUUGAUCCACCGAUGCGUUGUCCAUUAGAUAAAGGAAAGUAUACAAUGAAAAAUGGAACUUUUGAUAUUAGACCGAUACUAUUGUGGUAUCCUGAAGCAACUGAUUACCAAUGGAGAGUAGUCCAAAAUAUGUAUGCUGAUGAUAUAUUUAUUGGUAGCGUCGUGGUUGAAGGAUCAUUUUUUGGUUACAGAAAAAAAGACAAGUAUCAAAUUUGGUCCCGUUGGUAUGGUUCGUUUGAUCCACUGAUGCAAUGUCCAAUAGAUAAAUUCAAUCCAAUGUUAACAUACACUAUACGUUUUAAAAAAUUCUAUGUAACACAUAACUUCACUAUGGAUUAUUAUUCGUUCGAUCAAUAUAGAGAUGCACAAUAUAUAAAUGGACAAUUUACAAUAAAUACGAAAGAACUUAUAAACAAAGUUGACGUAGUUUUCUAUCGAUGUGACUCAGAAGGAAUUAAUUGCGAAUACUUCCAAAGUUGGACGGUAACUGGUCUUUGUAAUAAAUUAAAAGAAAAAAAUCAAAUAUGGACCCGAUGGUACGAUUCGUUUGAUCCACCGAUGCGUUGUCCAUUAGAUAAAGGAACGUAUACAAUGAAAAAUGGAACUGUUGAUAUUAAUGCGAUACUAUUGUGGUAUCCUGAAGCAACUGAUUACCAAUGGAGAGUAGUUCAAAAUAUGUAUGCUGAUGAUAUAUUUGUUGGCGGUGUAGUGGUAGAGUUUUCAUUUUUUGGUUACAGAAAAAAAAUCAACUCUACUGUAAAACUCUAA